AUGGUUGUAAGAGAAAUUAUGGAGCAACCCAAAGCUGAAGUUACAAGCAAGAAGCUGGGUGGCCUUAGAACCAUGCCUUUCAUAAUAACAAAUGAGGCACUUGAAAAGGUUGCGAGCAUUGGUCUUCAAGCAAAUAUGAUCUUCUACUUGAUGUAUGAAUAUCACUUGGAGGUAGCCACUGGAGCGAGCAUUCUGUUUUUGUGGACAUCCCUAUCGUAUUUAACGCCUAUCAUUGGGGCUUUUCUCUCUGAUUCUUGGUUGGGUCGGUUUCGUGUGAUCACUUUGGGAACUAUCAUUAGCCUACUUGGAAUAGUUAUAUUAUGGUGUACAGCAAUAUUCCCAAAAGCAAGGCCAGUCCAUUGUAAUAUGCUAUCUGGAGAAAAAUGCCAUUCACCAAAGCCGGCUCAGCUUUUGCUUUUGUUGUUCUCAUUUGUCCUAAUGUCCAUCGGAUCUGGCGGUAUCAAACCUUGUUCCAUGGCCUUCGGUGCAGACCAAAUGGAAAAUCCUGAAAACCCGAAGAAUGCUAGCAUCAUGCAGAUCUUCUUCAAUUGGUACUAUGCAUCAGUUGGUCUCUCAGUUAUGAUUGCAGUGACAGUUAUGGUUUACAUUCAAGACUCAGCUGGCUGGGUUGUGGGUUUUGGAGUUCCUGCAGGAGUCAUGUUGGUGUCUACUAUCUCCUUUUUACUUGGUUCUUCCGUGUAUGUCAAAGUGUCUGCAAACAAGAAAUUGUCUGCUGGAUUUCUGCAAGUGAUUGCUGCAGCUUGGAAAAACAGGCACUUAAACUUGCAGCCGACGAAUUCUGAUGGAUGGUAUAUUCUCAGAGGUUCCAAGCUUGUCACCCCAACCAACAAACUCAGUUAUCUGAACAAAGCCUGCAUGAUUACAAAUGCUGAGAAGGACUUAAGCCCUGAUGGGUUGGCCAAAGAUCCAUGGAGUUUGUGCACCGUUAGACAAGUAGAGGAGCUGAAGGCACUCAUCAACGUCCUGCCGAUAUGGUCCACCGGCAUUAUUAUUGGGGUGGUCAUGAACCAAAACUCAUUUCCUGCCGUCCAAGCAGGCACCAUGGAGAGGCAUAUCUUCCCUCACAUGAAACUCCCAGCAGCAUCCUUCUCCAUCUUUGGAAUUCUCACUCUCACAAUAUGGGUGGUAAUUUACGACAGGCUUCUAGUUCCAUUGAUAUCAAAGUACACAAAGAGGCCUCGUGGAUUGACUCGCAAGCAACGAAUAGGUGCAGGGCUAGUACUCUCUUGCUUCGCAACCACAGUGGCCGCAGAGGUGGAGAGGCAUAGACGAAGCACUGCAAUCAAAGAAGGCUUUGCAAACAACGAGCAUGGCGUAGUGACUAUGUCUGCAAGGUGGUUAGUGCCACAGUACUGCUUGAGUGGACUAGCCGAGGCGUUCAAUGUCAUAGGGCAGAUAGAAUUCUACUACUCUCAGUUCCCAAAGAGCAUGGCUAGCAUUGCUGUGGCUCUUUUCACACUUGGGUUUGGACUAGGAAGUUUGCUUGGGAGUCUCAUAGUGACUGUUAUGAAUGAUGUGACAAAGAAAUGGGGAGUCAGUUGGGUUUCAAGCAACCUCAACCAGGGUCACUAUGAUUACUACUAUUUGGUUCUUACCGUCAUGAGCGUGGUUAAUUUCUUGUAUUUUUUACUGUGUAGUUGGGCAUAUGGGUCCUGUGAGGAUAAAACGAUUUGGGAUGAGGGUGAUUAUGAUGAAGACAUGAAAGGGGAAGAAAUGCACAAGUCAGGAGAGUAUCAAGUUGAUGCAUCUGUUGCUUGACUCUAUUUGUUUUGAUGAACCCCAAAAUGACACUGGG